UCAGUUUUUACGAUUAUUUCAUCACCGAGACAACACAAAUAUUCCUGCUAUUGUUAAUAUUAUAUUAACUUUUUGUCUGUGUAUACUUUUUUUGUGAUAAACUUUAUGACUUAGUGAUUUGCAGAAAAUUAUUUCAACAUUUAACGGUGCAUUACGUUUUAUUCAUUAGUUAUAUUAACAGAGAAAAGAACGGGAUUGUUCACAAUCACAAAAAAUGGUUUCUUUAAAUAUAUUUAAGCAUGCAAGUACUGCAUUAGCUAAAAAUAAAGAUUUUAAACAAAUUUUAAUUGUAUUCGGAGUAUCUCUUUGUGGUUUAAAUAUGGGUUUAUCAAUAGCAUGGACGUCACCAGCAAUUCCAAAACUUCUUCAGCCGGAAUAUGGUAUUACAAUAGAUGAAGCGUCUUAUUUAGCAGUAAUAGAUCCUCUUGCAAUGAUGAUUGGAAGUCCAAUUUUUGCAAAACUCGCUGAUCUAAUCGGAAGAAAACGCACAAUGUAUUUCAUUCCACUUUUAUUCUUAAUCAGUUGGUUAACACCAGCUUUAACCAAAAACAUCUACAUCUUAUAUAUUUCGCGAGUGUUUGUAGGAUUUGAGUAUGCUGCUGUUUUUUCUACUUUACCUUCGUAUGUUGGAGAAGUGACAACACCAAAAAUAAGAAGUAAAUAUGGAAAUUUGUUGGUGACGUUGAUGUUUAUCGGUCAAUUUUUACCAAAUUUUGUUGGAUAUUUCUGUGAUAUACCAACAAUGGCAUACGUUUUAUUAGAGGUGCCAAUAAUUACGUUUAUUAUUAUUUAUUUUAUUCCGGAAUCACCGUAUUUUUACAUUAUGAAGAAUGAUAUGGAUAACGCUAGGAAAUCUUUGGAAAUACUUAGAAGUACGAAAAAUGUCGAUGGUGAACUCAAUGCUAUUACAGCAGCCGUUCAAAGACAAAUGGUUGAACCAGGAGGGUUCAAAGAUUUAUUUUUAGUUCGAUCAAAUAGACGAGCUUUGAUGAUAUGUAAUUUAACUAGGAUGGUUCAACAAUUAUGUGGGAUAAACGCUUUCAUAGUUUUUGCUCAAUAUAUUUUUAUCGAAGCAGGAACCGGAUUUCCUAGUGCAUAUGGAGCUAUGAUUUUUACGGGAAUGUUAACUGUAUCUAACAUUUUUUCUAACGUGAUUAAUGAUAAAUAUGGAAAGCGCCUCGCUAUGGUGUUUUCUUGUACAGGAAUAUUUUUUGCUUUACUUGGAGAAACAAUUUUCUUCGUCCUUAAACAAUACACUACAAUAGAUACAACUCCAGCUAAUUGGUUUCCAGUUUUUGGGUUAGCCAUUUAUGUAUUUUGUUUUUGUUUGGGACAAUCAAACGUGCCAACAUUAAUUUUAGGGGAAUUGUUUUCGUCAAAUAUUAAACCACACGGUAUUAUGGUGAUGAAUGUUAUUUUCGCUAUGUAUAUGGCUGGGAUGAACAAAUUAUUUCAAGUUUUAAUGUCUCAUUUUGGACUUAGCGUUCCAUUUGCGUUUUGUACAAUUUGUGCUUUUACGGGAAUAUUUCUUUGUUAUUAUUUUAUACCAGAAACUAAAGGAAAAACUUUGGAAGAAAUACAAAUGUUGUUAAAAAAAUAAUACAUUUUUUCAAUCAA